AUGAUCUCAUACUGGACAACUACCUCAUGGAUAGAAAAUAUUCAUUUGUCUUAUCUUAAAGAAAGCCUCAAUAAUGAAGACAUUUCACAGAAGGCUAUUAAACUAGUGAAAAAAACAACCCAAAAAUUCUCAAAUAGCACUGUUGGCUUAGCUCUUAAAAGAUAUACUAUUUGGUAUAAGGAAGCAUCAGUAGAUCUCAUUCAAUAUUCUAUAACAAAUAUUUCAAAUUUUUUAGUUAAAAUGAGUGAUGAAGGUUUAUUGUACAAUACAAUUGCCUUAUAUCAUUCAGCUAUUAGUGAGGUCUAUGAUUUAAUUGAUAGUUUAAGAGUUGGUUAUCACCCCUCUAUAGCUAAAAUUAUAUUAUCAAUUUAUAAGAAUAAUUCUUCUCCUCCGCCACCAGAAGAUGCUAUCAAUAUAAUUCUUGUACUUGAAUAUAUUACAUUGUUGGACACAAAUAAAGAAAUGUUAAUGAUAAAUCUAUUAAGAAAAACAGCCUUUUUACUUGCAAUUACAUCAGCCACAAGACAUAGUAACCUUUAA